AUGGAGAGCGGCGGGGCGCUGAACGGCUCCGCCGCCGCCGGGCGCUUCGCGGCCGCGGGCACGGCAGCGCUGGGCGCGCUCAUGGCCCUGCUCAUCGCCGUCACCGUGGCGGGCAACGCGCUCGUCAUGCUGGCCUUCGUGGCGGACUCCAGCCUGCGCACCCAGAACAACUUCUUCCUCCUCAACCUGGCCAUCUCGGAUUUCCUCGUAGGUGCCUUCUGCAUCCCUCUCUACGUGCCCUAUGUGCUGACGGGGAGAUGGAUCUUCGGGAGAAGCCUCUGCAAACUCUGGCUGGUGGUUGAUUACUUGCUGUGCACCUCUUCGGUCUUCAAUAUCGUCCUAAUUAGCUACGACAGAUUCCUCUCGGUGACAAGAGCGGUCGCCUACAGAGCCCAGCAAGGCAACACCAGGCAAGCAGUGCUGAAGAUGGUGAUGGUGUGGGUGUUGGCAUUCCUGCUGUACGGACCUGCCAUUAUCAGCUGGGAGUACAUAUCAGGCCAGAGCAUCAUCCCCAGUGGGGAAUGCUAUGCUGAGUUCUUCUACAACUGGUAUUUCCUCAUGACAGCCUCCACGCUGGAGUUUUUCACCCCUUUCAUCAGCGUGAUGUUUUUCAACCUGAGCAUUUACCUGAACAUCCAGAAGCGCACCAAAAUGCGCCUGGAUGUUCUCCACGAAGUGCACGACCAGUCCUUCACUGAAGAGAUGGAAAGGAGCCCAGAAGCAAAGCUUUCUUUGAAAUGCUGUAAGCGGGAGCAGAAGGAGUCAGCUGAAACCCUCAACCUCUCUAAGAGCAAACCUCAAGCAGCAGCCUCCACUUCCAGCCUGGAUGCCAAAAACCUGCUGGAAACGAGCUUGGAGAGCUCCAGGAAACCCAAGUGUUGCAACAAAAAGAGCUGCAAAACUUCAGCCUCCACUCUGUCCUCAGAGAAACGGGUGAAGAUCGUGUCCCAGAGCACAACUCAACACUUCAGGCUCUCCAGAGACAAGAAAGUGGCCAAAUCACUGGCAAUCAUUGUGGGCAUUUUUGGGAUUUGCUGGGCACCGUACACUCUCCUGAUGAUCAUCCGCGCUGGCUGCCACGGCCAGUGCAUCUCUGAGUUCUGGUAUGAGACUUCUUUUUGGCUGCUGUGGAUCAACUCAGCUGUCAACCCUGUCCUGUACCCUCUCUGCCACUCCAGCUUCAGAAGGGCUUUUAUUAAACUCCUUUGCCCCAAGAAGCUGAAGGUUCAGCCUCACUAUGCCCUUCAGAACUACUGA